AAAUAGAUCCGGUGGAACGCUGGAACAAAGGCUAUAAGCUGCUGAUGGGAGCGGAGGCGUGGGCCUUUGGGGAGGGGAGACGAGCGAGCGGAAUGGAUGUAGCCGUUAAAACCCUGGUCAUGCGUUUGAAUCCAGAGGUAAUGAGUCAAAAGGAAAGAAUAGACUUUCAUACUCGAGUUCGAUUCCCUCGCAGAAUGCGCACGUCUUUUCAUAUGUCAAAUGUUGCUCAAAAAAACUCUAAAAGAUUCAGCCACAAAAUUUUCUGUGCAAUUCAUGCAGUAUCUCCAGGUUUGGAAAAUCUUGGUGAUUCUGUGACUGAUUUUGAAGACUUCACAAUUGCUGCUAAUACCACUGGGGAUGGAGAGAUAAAGAUGAGAGUUGAGGUGUCUGGUGCAGAGACACAGGCCAUCUUUGAUGAUGUUUUCUCAAAGUUAGUUGCUGCUGCACAACCAAUUCCCGGAUUUCGGAGAGUGAAAGGAGGGAAAACUCCAGAUAUACCCAAAGAUAUUCUCUUGCACAUCAUUGGACCCUCCAAAGUUAACAAGGAGUCGAUUAAAAAAAUCAUCAACUCCGCUGUUGCUGAAUAUGUCGAGAAGGAAGGCUUGAAGGUCACCAAAGAUCUGAAAGUUGAACAGAGUUUUGAAGAGCUUGAAGCAACGUUCCAACCCGGGAUAGAUUUCAGCUUUGAUGCAAUUUUGCAACUUCAAGAAAUCAACUCAACCAAAUUUUGAUUUGUUUUUGCAUAUUCAGUGUAUUAAAGAGAGACCAGUCUUAUUUUUUGAAUGAAUCUCACCUGCUCCUUUGAUAAUUUUUUCUGCUGGCAAUGUGGUGCUGUUAGUAGACUUAUGCUUCCAGCUCUGUAAAGGCGCCUUUUGAGUGAAGAAUGGCAGCAGAUCCUUUACAACU